UGCUAGGGAUUCGUCUACUCCCAUGUGAGGCGACGACCAGGGGAGGAGGGCCGCCGGACGGAGGAGGAGACAAGGGCCAAUGCUCGUCGUCGUUGCACAAAACAGUAGACGCCGACGAGGAGAGGGGAGAGGGAUUUGGCGCUGGCGAGCUGAGGAGAAGGAGAUCCGGCGAGCCGCCGUCGCCCGCUGCCAGAUCCAGUGAGCCUAGGCUGGAUUUGGCCGCCCUGCUCCUGCUCCACUCGGCGCUGUCGCCGCUGCUCCGCCUAGCGUCGUUGCCGCUGCUCCGCCUGGCUCCAUUGCUGCUCGGGCCGCCGCUGCUCCGCCUGGCUCCAUCACCGCUCGGGCUGCCGCUCUGCCAGACGUCCUCGCCGCUUCUUCGCCCGCUACCCGAUUCUCUUCGGUUGGGAAAGAGAGAUAGGAGAGAGGGGGGGGGGGGCCAUGAAAAAGUGAAAAGAUGUAAAAGGUGGUAUUGGUAGGACCCACUAUAAACAACUUGCACUGUGCAACAUAUAGGCUAUAUAGCUAGGAAUAAGUUCACCGGUGGUCCUUCAACUUAACAGCGAGAUUUUUUGAAUUCCCUCAACCACAAGAUCAGAAAUAUAUAUCUCUAAACUUACAUAAACCGUGCACACAAGGUCCUUUGACAGUAUACAUAUGUGUGGUUUCGCUGACGUUGACAUCCUAGUUACAAAACAAAUUAAAAAAGUGCGUGGGGCCCACAUAUCAGCUGCACAUCUCUUUCCUUUUCCUUUUCUUCUCUUUUCUCUCUUCUCUCCCCCUUCUUCGAGCCGGCGGUGGGCGGAAUCGGCGAGCGCCGAUGUGGGCGAUGGGUGAGCGCAGUAGCAGAGCGGCGGCGGGCUGCGGGCGGAGCAGACGGCGGGCAAGCGCGGCGGCGGAGCAGAGGCAGCGGAGCGGCGGCGGCGGCGGCGGGCGGAGCGGACGGCGAGCGAGCGCAGCGGCGGAGCGGAGGCAACGGGCGGAGCGCGCUCGCGGCACGGACUGCCGUAAACCCUAAACCGCCGCCGCAGCCAUGGCGGUCUCGGUGGCCUUCCUCCACUGCUCGGCCUGCUCCGCCGCCGCGUCGGCGGCGUCCGUCGUCUUCGCCGAGGCCUUCUUCUCGGAGGUGUACUGCUGCAGCUCGCGCUUCAGCUGCCCGUUCUCCUGGAGCGCGCCCUGUAGCUGCUCCUUCAGCUCGUCCGCCGCGCCAUCCUCCCCCAGACUCGAGCUCUGCCCUGGUCUCUUGCACCCCCACGCAGCCCACCCCCGCCGGCCUACUCCGGCCGUCGCGAACACCACUACGGCAAGACACAGACCACCGACGGCAAUAACGUAAACCAUCACAUCACACCAACACCAGUACAAGACUAUAUACAGGAAGCAGAGCUAAUAACCCGCCAUUGACCACCUUCAAUUCAUUCCUCUCGCUUCCCAAUUCGCUAUCUAUCUCCUCGAUCUCUUUCUUCCUGUCACCAUUAAUUCCACGUACAUGGCAUGGACGACGACGAGAAGCCGAAGGUGGCGGCAGGCGCCCGUGGCAGCAAGGUGGUCGGCGCCGGCGCCGUCGAUGCGUGCCUGGUCGCGGCGGCCAUGGCGGGGGCGUCACUGCUAGCGUGUUGGACCGUGGCGUUCCACUCGCCCACCGUCCGCUCCGCCCGCAGCUCGUUGCCGCGGUCGCCCGCCGCUCUCAUCGGCGCUCGCCGAUUCUGCCCGCCGCCAGCCCGAAGAAGGGAGGAAAGAAGAGAGAAAAGAGGAGAGAAGGAAAAGGAAAGAGACGUGCAGCUGACAUGUGGGCCCCACGUACUCUUUUUAAUUUUUCUUUGCUGACUAGGAUACCAUGUCAGCGAAACCAUCUAUGUAUACUAUCAUAGGACCUUGUGUGCACGGUUUAUAUAAGUUUAGGGAUACACAUUUCUGAUUUUGUGGUUAAGAGAUCUUAAAAAAAUCUCGCUGUUAACUUUAGGGACCACCGGUGAACUUAUUCCAUUAGCUAACACAGUUCUUGGUCUAUGUAGCAGAUGAGGUCCAGCAAAAUUGAGUAACUGUGAACGCCCUGACAGGUGAGCAAAUGCUGAAACGCCAAAACUGCAGCAGGCAAAAACAAAAGAAAGAAAGAAAAGAACAGCAACCAAUGGACCAAUGGCCAUGGUGAGAACAGAGCCUGAGCCGAGCCUCUCCUUGUCUUGUCUCUUUUGGAAGAGAAGACCCUUUUCCCGAAAUAGCAACUUCUUUUGGUCUCUCCAUUGCCACACUCUCCAAUGGUGCCAUGGCCAGCCCACCUGCAGCUUCCAUUUCCAGCUUCAUGACAACCACCAAAAGCCGACCUCCUCCCCUCUCUCCUCUCUCUACUGAGCCGCCUGAGCAGCAGCAGUAGCAGCGGCUCACAUGGCGCUGCAGAGCACCACAAGCCAAAACGCCAAAGCCAAACCUGCCCCUGCUUCUCCUCCUACUCGUUGAAUAAUCUUUGACGACGCUCAUGGCGGGAGGACGCGGGCUGGAGCUGUCGCUGGCCUGCGCGGCGCCGAGCCCGGCGGCGGAUUUCGGGGAGGAGGAGGAGGAGGAGCUCCGGCGCCCGCCUCCGCCGCGGCGUCGGCGGCAGCAGCCGACCAUGGCCGCGCUCUACGCCGAGCUGGCCUCGCUGCUCCCCGGCCUCCGCUCCCGGGCGAGCAGGGAGGAGAUCGUGGAGGCGGCGGCGAAGCAGGUGAAGGUGCUGGAGGACACGGUGGCCGUGCUGGAGGCGUACCGGGCGGUGCAGGUUGGCGGCGCCGCCGCCGCCGAGGAGGUGUCCGUGUCGUACCGGGAGACGGUCUGCUUCGCCGCCCGGCUGCCGGCGGCGCGGCGGCCAGGCGCGCUGACGCGCGUGCUGGAGGUGUUCGACCGGCGCGGCGUGGAGGUCCUGGCAGCGACGCUGGCGGGCGGCGGCCGCGCGGCCAUGGUCACGGUCACCGCGGCCGCCGCGGCGCCGGACAUCGCGGAGAUGAUCAAGGCGGACAUCGCCAGCAUCGAGUGACUCCGUGACGCGGCCUCGUCAUGAACUGAUCGCCACGCAUUUUGUUUCUCCAAUAUUAUACUUACAAUCCAAAACUUCCUUGCAAUUUCAGCAUUAGAGAUUUAGAAUUGGAUGGGAUUUGAGCUUCGUUUUGCAACUUGACGCUUUUUAGGAGUUUGAACUUCAAACCAAGAAUGUGCAAGUGAUUUUUGGCAACACAGGCUGCUAUGCUUGUGAUGUUU